CAAUAUGAUCAACGGGAUUAAUGUUAAACACGAAUGUUCAAUUACAACAGAUGUCAAAAACGAAUUCAAAGAUAACCAUACGAUCGACGGCAUUAAUGUUCAACCUGAAUUUGAUGAAAUGCAAGAUUAUUGCUUUGGAUCGUUGAUACAACAUGAAGAAACGAUACCUAUGGACAUGAAAGUAACAAACAACUUGCCUGACGAAAAAUGCGAUUUGUGUUUAGAAUCAUUUACAUCCGAAAAUCAAUUGAAACAUCAUAUUACAACAUCGCACAAUUGUAUUCCUGUGAUUGAUGAAUGUUCAAUUACAACAGAUGUCGAAAACAAAUACGAUGUUACUUACAAGAUGGAUUCUGAUGAAUUUUGGACGUUUGUCAACAAUACAUCGUUUUCGUCACAAACAACAGACGCUGAAAAAUAUCAACGCUUUCUACAACAGCGAAACCGAGUAUGUAAGAAAGUAGAUAAUAGAUCCGAUCAAUCCAACGAGGAAAUUAACAUUGAUCCGAUACCAAAUUUAUAA